UCCAGGGGCCCCCGUGACGCCCGGCCGCCCGCGGGGCGCCCAAGAGGCCCCGGCGAGUCCGAGCGUCGCCCGCCGGGCCCCCCCAGCGUCGGACUCUGGGGCAGACGCACCGCGCCCCCUGCCGGCCGCCUCGGGGAUCGCAGGCGGCGCUGAACCUCGACUCUGUUCCCACUCUCUUCGCCCACCUAUUUUCUAAAUGGGGAAACUGAGGCCAGCCGAGCAAACGAAUGGGAAGGGGGGGCCCUCACCAGUCUCCAGGCCCCUGAAAGAUCUAGGGAUGGAUGAGGAGGGUGUGCAGCCAUCCCCAGGGCCACCCCCCAGGAAGAAGUACUUCAUUCCCCUGGAUGAGGAAGAGAUCCCUCCGGCCAGGGCUAAGCCCUUGUUCAGAUCCACCCGGAACCUUCCCAGCACAGACCCCUCACCUGCGCCAGCCCCCCAGAGCUAUGCAGAGUAUGCCCUCUCGGGGCCCCCUGAAGUGCCUGCGCCCACCCGGCUGCCGGCAGCCCCCGAGCUCCCCACGGCAGAGCCCCCCAACCAGGCGCCCAAACCCGCCGCCAAGUCCGGCAGCAUCAUCGUGAGCCCCCGCCAGCGGGGCAACCCCGUGCUGCAGUUCGUGCGCAACGUGCCCUGGGAAUUCGGCGAGGUGCUUCCCGACUACGUGCUGGGCCAGAGCACCUGCGCCCUCUUCCUCAGCCUCCGCUACCACAAUCUCCACCCUGACUAUAUCCAUGAGCGGCUGCAGAGCCUGGGGAAGAACUUCGCGCUGCGGGUCCUGCUGGUGCAGGUGGAUGUGAAAGACCCACAGCAGGCCCUCAAGGAACUGGCCAAGAUGUGCAUCCUGGCCGACUGCACCCUCAUCCUGGCCUGGAGCGCCGAGGAGGCGGGCCGCUACCUGGAGACCUACAAGGCCUAUGAACAGAAGCCCGCAGACCUCCUGAUGGAGAAGCUGGAGCAGGAUUUCAUCUCCCGGAUGACCGACUGUCUCACCACCGUGAAGUCAGUCAACAAAACGGACAGCCAGACUCUCCUGGCCACUUUUGGGUCUCUCCAGCAAGUCAUCGCAGCCUCGAGGGAGGACCUGGCCCUGUGCCCGGGCCUGGGGCCCCAAAAGGCCCGGAGGCUCUUUGACGUCCUGCACGAGCCCUUCCUGAAAGUGCCCCCGGACCCUGCUGCCAGGGAGUGCCCGCUGCAGCAAUAAAGCACUUGUGGGGCCUGUC